AUGGUUAUCAACACGAGCAAAUGUGAAUUUGGUAAGAAAGAAAUCACCUUUCUAGGGUAUCACGUUUCAGCCAACGGUGUUAAGCCUUUGGACAGUAAGGUUCAAGCCAUCAAAGACUUCCCCACUCCGAAAACUGUACGAGAACUUCGGCGUUUUCUAGGGAUGUUAAAUUUUUAUCGCCGAUUUAUCAAAGGAGCUGCCGAAAUUCAAGCACCAUUAGGCUCUUUGCUGACGGGUUCCGUAAAGGGAUCACGUUCCGUGGAUAUAUCUGGAGAAGCCCUACAUGCCUUUGAGCAGUGCAAAACUAGCCUCUGUCAAGCAGCAUUCUUGGCACAUCCAGAUCUGAACGCAAGAUUAGUUUUGGUAACCGACGCCUCAGAUAAGGCAAUCGGUGCCACCUUUCAGCAAGUAAAGAAUGGAUCAUGGCAGCCACUUGCAUUCUUCUCCAAGAAACUGAAACCAACGUAA